AUGUACAAGGAUUUCAUGGAGGAGUAUAAGAGCAAGAAUUUAACAUACAACCAAGAAGAAGAAGCGAGGAAAAAAGUCCUAGACGACAAGGAAAAAAGAAAGGAAGAACAACCUCCUCAAACCUACAAGGCAUCGCCUAAGAAAAACCCUCAAGGUAAGAGGGGAAGAAUCGGAGUAUUGCCGGAGGACUACCCUGAGGCAACUCUAACCUCCGAACAACUCACAGAUGUGGAGGAAGCAAUCGUAUCAGAAAUGAUCAACAGCACAACAAAGGGCCUGCAGUUCUCAGGUAUUCAUUUUCGCUCGGGAAUGAUACUUGUGGACUGCGAGUCGGAGCAGACAGCAGAAUGGCUGGCUCAGAUGGCACCUAGGUUGAAGGAAUGGAAAAGGCCAGCGCUGGUAGCGAAAAGAGGAGAGGACAUCCCAAAAGCGCAUACCAUCAGCCUUUUUCUUCCACGGAGCAAAGGGCAAGACACCACAGCUCUCCUGAAACUCAUUGGAGUACAGAAUCCAGAGAUCUCCACCGAGACCUGGAAAGUAAUAAGCGCCAAAGGAAAUGGCCACGGUCAAGUGCUUUCUGUUGGGAUCGACACCAAAUCUGCGGAUAGCAUCCAGGCAAAGGGAUACACUAUCCACUACAGGUUUGGGCAAAUCCCCGUGUCUGGCCUCAGAAAGCAGGAGAAGGCAAAGGACAAAAAGAUGGAGCUUGAUCCAUCCACUUCAGCCUCUACCUCCUCCGAGCCAGUCGCCAAUGAGAACACCUCUACGGCGACUGAAACACAAGAGACCGAGGGCAUGGACCUCGAUCUCAAUGUCAACCCGACCACUUCCGCUGAGGAGAAUGUCAUCAGCAGCGAAGAAGAAGAUAGGCUUCUGGGACCUAAUGUAGACCAUCAGGGGGACGGACCGGAUGGCCCUGACAAAUCAUAA